GUUCUUGGAAAUGUGCGACUUCUAAGGCUGCUGCUCGCUUGAAGCGACAAAACGGCAGCUGUGUUUGUCACAUCUUCCUGCAACAUGUGAAUGUACACAAUGUGGUGAAAACGAGCACAUGUUCAACUAGAGCGUCACAACUGGAGAGAGCCGUCUCAAAGGUAGACGUCGACAUGUCUGCAGUCUGGGUGAAGAUCUGUGCCAUUCUUUGUCUGUGUUAUGCAGCAGAGAUGAAAGAAGUGGUUUGGAGAGAAGUUGGAGAAUCCGUCACAAUCCAGUGUAGAUCCAGGACAAACAAGGAUCUUUCUCUGCAUUUUAAAAGGGGCCUCUGGGAGGACAUGGAUAUUGCUCAAAUAACUAACGAACUCAGACUGGCCAGAGGAGAGAAAGAGAGAAUGAAAUUCACUGAAAGAAAAUUGGAAGAGGUUAAAAAUAUGAUUGACAGAGUUGAGUUUAAUGGAAAAUACCCAAACGUAGAUUUUCUUCUUAAAAACCUGAGUGUCGACGACACAGGAGCAUACUGGUGUCUGUAUUUGAAAGACGUAUCAAACACCAGAAAAAUGAUGAAAGGUGACGGAUCCGUGAUUGUUGUGGUAAAAGAAAACAGUUAUGCCAGAGCAGAAGCGAUGCAGGGCUCUGAUGUACCAACCAUGAACAUGCCCUGGCAUGUGCCCUUGGUGUAUGCUGUCCCUGCUGCAGUCCUCUUCCUUGGCAUCAUCUUGAGCUUCAUCAUUUGGAUCAAGCGCAGGACCGAGUCGGCUGACAUCACAGUUGAGCAGACGCAUGCCUAUGCUGAGACCGUCAGUACUGAUGCGGAUGAGGAGCGUGUCGAGGCUGAAGCCGAGGAUGAGACUGUGAGGGUGCAGCUUGCAAACCCGACUGAAUCCCUCAACACCUCGGACCACAGCGUCAAAAGUGAUGCGGGUUAAACAGCAUCGCUUGUCAGACCACUCGGUUUUCUAAACCAAGUGUUUGCAUGUGUGCAAAAGUGUAAGCUGGUGCCGCUCUUGAACAAAAUUGCUGUGUAUAGUUAAAAAUGAGGGGGGGAAAAAUCAUCAUCAUAACUAGCAUUUACACCUGUAUUGUUUUUGUAUGUUCCUCUUUUUUUUUUUUAAACCAUUUUAGUCUUAGUUUUCAGAAAGUUUUACUUGUGUACAGUUAUAAUUUUAGAUAAGAUAUUGCAAAAUGCAUAAAAAAGAGAUUUGAAGAAAUCAGUAUUAAGAGUGUUUAUAUCAAUCAGGAAGGAAAAAAUGAAAGUGGAAACAAUAAGUAAGGACUUCGGAGGAGAAUAAAGCAAAUGUUGGUGUUUUUACUGUAUUUUUCUUGAAUGAUGUAUCCCUUUGUCAAAGUCACACACUGUUACUCAUAAAUAAAGAAUACAUGUAAAGCAUGAA